UCAACCAUUCUGUCGGCCGUAGAAGAUGACAAUGAUCGCGACGACAAAACAAAUGCAUGAAGGGAGGGGUGAGAGGUUACAUCCCCCCCUCAUUUUGUUGCUGUGGUCGUUGGCUUUGAGGUGCUGGGGUCUGCACGGGUACGAGUGGCUGGACGGGCACCCGGACUGGAGGCGAAGUGCUGGCGGGUUGGGCGGUUGUUUUGGAAAAGGGGAGGCGGCCCCGAAGGAGGGAAUACCAGUCUACGCGAACAAACGACAACUCCAUAUGUGAUGUUUCGAGGUCUGCACUGCAUUCUCGGAGGAGUUCACUGUAAUUUUCUUCACGGGGGAUAAAAGCGUUUCCGCUGCAUGGGAGACGGUGCAGAAUCUGACAGGAAGAACCCAAUUUAAGGCCCGACACGUUUCAGCGGUUUAACACUUGUAGACACCCGAAGCCGUCAAACAUUACCCCUUACAGUGUCAUAUCUGCAUUUCGCGUAGAGUUUUUUCUGAACGUAUCGCCGACGCUGUGCGAUUUGGAUUCUUCCGGCACCGCAACCGCCCUGUCCGGGGAUCGUCCCGUUGACACUGCGUUCAUCGCACACUGUGUUCUUGAUCCGGGGGCCAGUUUAUGUCUUAACACCAUGGUGCGUCUACCGCAAGUCGGCGCGACCUUUUCUGGAGCUUUCUUUUCGUCGCCUCGUCUUCCUUUGGAUUGCGUUGUGCAGCUGAGACUGUCACGUGUUUCUAUAAUGUGGUUGACUCUUCUACUACUCGCAAGUGCGUCAGAGCUCUACGGUUCCGUUCCGUUGUUCGCCACCCAGGGAGCCCUUGCAUCUUCUGCAGAAUCCAAAUGCGAGGAAACGGAGACUGAGACGAAUUGUAUCUGCGGAAAGGAAGAAAGUAAAGCUAAGGAACUCCAGGCAACGCUAUCUGCAGCAAAGUCGACGCUGCAGCUGCUCUGCAGAGCUGAUCUAAUAUACGCACCAGGUCAGCUGAGCAACAAACAAGUUUGCCCAGAAAACAUCUCAGACCUGACACAGUGCAGGAAAUGUGACGGUGGCAGCGUCCAAUACAUCGAUGUUACGUCGCUGCUCGCUGGCUCCACUGAAGCCAUCAAAUGGGAAGAUUCGUUGGAAGAACAGGAAGGCGAAACGGCGAAGAGACUGAGCAUUCCGCCAGCGAAUCUCCCCUACAGCGACAAAAAGUUUAUUGUGGGUUGCCUUGACAAAGAGAAAACAACCACUAAAUGUGCACUGACUGUGUCGCUUGAGGCGAGGCCAACUGUAACAGAAAACCAGACCGUAACAUGCGCCUACGGAGCCAGCAGCAACGAGGCGCAUCAAACCAUCAAGCUGAGCCCAUCGAAAAACAGGUUCACUCUGGUGUGCGGCAGAGAUGGAGAAGUUCUCCCGAGCGAAUACGAGGACGUCUAUUGUCCCAGUCAGGAGAAAGGGGAUGCUGCCGCAGAAUGUACUGGCAACUACACUGAGGUUAUCCCGGCUUACGAUAGCAAGUGGUGGGAACAUGACACAUACAGCAACACAUUCAGUCUGCUGAUUCCGGAAAGCGGCUUUCCAGCAAAGGAAACAAAACUGUUGAUAGGAUGCCAGAAGAAGUCUUCUCAGUUAGCUGACACAGCCAGGCAAGGUGCUGCACAGGCUUCUUCGACAGUCUGCAACGUUGACAUUACGGUUGAGGGCGUACCAUCAUCAACGUCCUUGCCACAGCGCGUUGUUGGUCUGUUGUCCUGGGUGAUGGGCUUCGGGACAAUGUUGAGUGCAUUUGGAUUUGCGUGAUGUGCGCCGAGUUAGGUGACUGGUAGUCUUAUGUUGUGUAACGGCGUUGCCCUUGUGCGUAACACUAGAGUUGUAACAGGUCGAGUACGCGCUUGCGUUGUUAAUCGAAUGUCAGCCCCUAAUGCGGGAAUCUUUGUGAUGUAAACGUUUUCCCUCAUUAACUUUGGUCUUUUUAAUUUUGGAACGGGGUUUGAUCCGUCGCAGUGUGCCUCAUUUUGGGGGGGCCGACGUGUUUUUUCCGAAUAAAGCAGCAGUUGCUGCUUCUUCUUCGUAUUUUCGUCGUGUUCCCGCUCCUGCUUAUCUGUGAAGUAUGCCAAACCGUCCGCAACGCUUGGAUUUGUAUUGUUUGUGCAAACACCUGUUUAGCACCGAGUGUAAAGUGAGACUUUUCGGUUCGGGAGCAGCCGAGUCGUGGCUGGUUUUUUUUACUGGGGG